GGUGUUCAUACUACUGCAAUGUCGGAAAAUGAUUAUAUCCCUUUAGAAAUCGGAGAUGGUAGUACGCCAGUAAAGCGAGAAAGGAAAGAGAAAGUCAACACAACAAUCUUCGUUUCUUCCCUCCCUUUCUCAGCCACCACGACAGAUCUCCUCACUCAUUUCUCUUUCCUUGGUCCUGUACGUCAUGGUUUUAUCGCUACUGAUAAAACUACGGGAAAGUCAAAAGGUGUGGGAUAUGUGACUUAUUCUUUGAAAGAAGAUGCGGAGACGGCUGUCAAGGAGUUGGACGGGAGUGAGUUUGGGGAUAAGGGUAGGAAAAUCAGGGUGGAAUGGGCUGACAAACGUCCGCCGCCAAAAGAGAGAGCAGCGAAAGAAAUCUCGGGAGCCAAAGCUAGAGCUGCUCGACCAGUGAUUGAAUCCACCGACCCGGCGGCUAUACGCACACUUGUUCUCACUGGUCUACCCAAGGAAUUGGAGAAGAAUGUUCUCUGGAAGAAAGUCCGAAAGACGGAUGAGAGGAUACAACUCGAGCAUCCGGUUGAAGGUGCGGUUGACACAGCACACCUCGUCUUCCCUUCUCACGCUGACGCUCUCAAGGCUAUACCUAAAUUACACGGACACACAUACAAGGGCUCCAUCUUAUCUUGCGUCUUGAAGAAACGACUGGAGAAACUGGGUAAGACUAGUCAUGCCGGUCGGCUCAUCGUGCGCAACCUCUCGUGGGAUACUACAGAACAAGACCUACGUGCUACUUUCCUCCCUUAUGGACCGAUACAAUCCAUCGACCUACCCACUUUACCUUCCAAAUUACCCUCUAACCCAGAUAAAGCACCACCACCACCCCGAGCCCGAGGUUUCGCUUUCGUUUGGUUCCUCUCUAAGGCCGAUGCGGAACGGGCCAUACAAGGCGUUAACGGGAAGAGCAUUGCCAAGGCCGGGAGUCAGGUAAAGGGCAAGAUCAAUGAUGGAGAAAAAGAGGCAAGAAAGGUCGCAGUGGAUUGGGCGUUGAGCAAGGAGAAAUGGGAUGAGGCGCAAAAGACGGCAGAUCCAGAGAAGGCGGAAGCUGAAGAUAAUCAAGGUUCUGCCUCUGACUCGAGUGACGGAGAUGCGGAAGAGGAGAGCGGCUUUGAAGGUGAAAGUGGCGACGGCGAAGAGGACGAUGACGAUGACGAGGAUGACGCCAGUGAAGGCGAAAAUGAGGAGGACGAUGAAGACACGAACGACGAAGGUGAAGAUCUGGGAGAGGAGAAAGAAGGGGAAGCGGCAACUGAGCGAAAGCUGCCAAAGGUUGACGUAGGGUCAACUCUUUUCAUCCGAAAUCUUCCUUUUGAAGUCACGGAGCAGGAGCUAAAUACCCUUUUCCGGUCAUUUGGCCCUCUGAGAUAUGCAAAGAUCACACUUGACAAGACCACCGGACGGUCAAGAGGCACAGGAUUCGUAUGUUUCUGGAAGACAGAACAUGCGGAUAAAGCUCUUGAAGAGGCUGAGAAAGUGGCACAGGAGACAGGGACGAACGCCAUUCCCCUGGGAGGGGACAAAAAUCCUUUCUCUUUACCCUCCGUUCUUACAGCUGACCCCUCGUCAUCACUAGCGUCCCGGCUCGUCCUUCAUGGUAGGACUCUUGAGUUGUCUCGUGCCGUGACAAGAGAAGAAGCUGGACAGAUUAAGGAGGAUGGCGAGCGAGCCAGACAUCAAGGGGAUAAGAGGAAUACAUACCUCAUGAGAGAAGGCGUCCUCUUCCCCAACUCCCCAGCAGCAGCUACCCUCCCUGCCGCCGAGUUGGAAAAACGUCAAGCGUCCUUCAACGCCCGUAAAGCUCUUCUUCGAUCCAACCCUUCUCUCUAUAUCAGCAAGACACGUCUUUCCAUCCGUCAACUUCCCCUCUUUGCUACUGAUCGAACACUCAAACGUCUGGCCAUCCACGCUGUGCGGACUUUCGAUACUGAAGUGGCAUCUUCUUCCCGAGCUCCUCUGUCGCGGACGGAAGAAUCCGACGAAAGUUUAUCCCCCGCCUUGGCAGCCAGAGAAGCGAAUAAGGACAAAGAGAAAGCCAAAGGAAAAGGAAAAGGCGAGAGACAAACACCUGUGAUACAAUCCAAGAUUGUUCGACAGACCGACAAACUCGAUCCUAUCACUGAAAAAGGAAGAUCGAAGGGAUAUGGGUUUUUGGAAAUGAGAAGCCAUAAAGAUGCUUUGAAGGUGUUACGGUGGGCCAACAAUAAUCUUGAGGCAGGACCUCUGAUGGCGGCUUGGUGGAAAGAAGAAUUGGUGGAGUUGGUGGAGAAAGCCAAGAAGGGCUUGCAGGAGGCGAGGGAAGAAGGGAAAGGUGAAGAGGCCGAGCGAAGGGUCAAGUUGCUAGAGUCCAGAGCGAGAGAGGGGGAGAGUGGUGGAAUGAGAGGAGGGAAAACUUUGUUGAUUGAGUUCAGUGUGGAGAAUGUGCAGGUGGUGAAGAGAAGAGUGGACAAGAUUGCCGUUGCUCGCGAGUCCACCCAACCGAUGAAACAUCCUCGAGAAGAAGACGAAUCUCAUCCUGUAAAACGUUCGAAAGAUCAUUCUGGGAGUCGACUUGUUCGGAAACCCGCGUCUGGCGCAGGCGAGGAUAAGCGGUCAACUGUACUGGAGAAGAGUGGCAAGGAGGGAAAAAACAAGAAGAGGAAGAGGGGAUCUGACUCGAAAACAGUCGAGAAGAGGAGGAACAAUGAGGGGGGUGAUGGAGGUCUUGAGAGGAACGGGGAUAGCAAGGGAGGGGAGAGGGAGAAGAAAGGUUUGGAGAAACUCGGAGCGAAUCUUGGGAGUUUGAUAGGACGUAAGCGUCGUCAAAGGGCUGGAAAGUGAAGUUGAGGUUGAACAAUUGCAUCAUGAUCAUAAUUAUG